UGUGCAUGUAUGCAGACUAGCAGCCCAAACCCGUGACAUGCUGCAGGCCAUCGUCAAGCUGUGCUGUGGCACUGCCCAUGACCACCUCCGCAAGUUGCCUGGCCUGAAGACAGCAGCUACCACAGUGAUGCAAGAGUUGGGAGGCUCCCACUGCCUGCUCUCCAAAAUUCCUCCUUGUAUUCAGAGGCUCAUGGCCAGGUGCACAGAGCCUGAAGCAGACGUGCAGCCCUCCAGCACAAAUCUGUCCUACAUCCACCAAGGAGAAAGGGCCCUGCAGCAAGCACUGAGCAUCCUGCAGCAGCCACACUGCUGGCAGCCGGAGGCCGUGCCGAAUGCAGGGGCCACAGUGUCCAGCACCACACUGCCAGGAUUGGGCCGAGUCUUUCGGGCUGAGACUGUGCUGGAGGCACCAGUGGGCUGGCUGCAGGAUGAGCUGUUUGAGCGGCUGGAGGAGAUGCCCAGCUGGAACCCCAGCCUCAGCCAUGUGGAGGUGCUCCAACGCCCAGGCAGGGACACGCUGGUGACACACGAGGUGACGGCUGCCAGCCCUGUGGGACGCAGGGACUUUGUCUGCACGCGGCACCGCAGCAGGACACGGGCAGCCAUCUACCUGGUGGGCACCACUGCCCACCUUGAGCAGCCACCCGCACCACAAGGCUGUGUCAGGGCCGAGACACGGCUGAGCUGUAUCGUGCUGCAGCCACUGCCAGGUGACCAGAGCUGCACACGUGUCACGUGGCUUCUCAGCAUGGACCUGAAGGGCUGGAUCCCCACCUCGGUCACCAACCAUGUCCUGCCACAGUGCCAGGCUGAGUUCAUUGGGCACCUCCGCCAGCACCUCUCUGCCAACACCUGUCCUUGACCCUGUACACCAUUAUUCAUUUGUGGAGAGGUAGCUUUAUAUUUCUGUGUGUAUAUUAUACGUGCACAUGGAUAGGAUUUCCCCUCCUGGGCAACCGCAGAGCCAAGGCAGGCAUCGCUGCAAAGCACGGACAGAAACCCAUCUUUCCUCUCACAGCUCCUUCUGGAGCCAUGAAGCAUGACUGUGGCCACUCUGGGACGCUUGGAGCCUACAUAUCCCAGUGGCUUUGCUUAUUUAUUGGAAAGAUAAAGCUGCUUGCAAAAGCCAUGUGAAACCAAACCCUGGCUGAUAAAUAGGAGUUAAAUAAAACACAGAAGUGGCAGCUCACUCUGUGAGAUCCAUUUCAAUCACAUGCAGGUCACGCACUGCAGUACUGUACUAUUCCCACACUCUAAAUAAAUCAUAAGAAAUAGA